AUGAACAGAAUUUCAACCGCUGCAGGCGGAAGACUGAUGACUUCCCUACCAACCACUGGGUUUUGGGGUCCACGGCCUGGAACCACUCUCAAUGGAGGACGACCGAGUGUUCGGGUUCAGGAGGGAGAGUAUACAAAAGUCAUUUAUACAUUAAUUGUGGAGAAGAAGUUUGAAGAUGCAAAACAAAUACUACAACAUCAGUUAGAAUUCUUUUCCGAGAGUAGAGCGGCUUUGUCUUUAUUGGCCUACUGUGAUUACAUGUUACAAAAUUAUGCAGAAUCAGCCCAGACCUAUGAAAAACUUGUAAAGCUUUUCCCAACGGUGGAUCAGUACAAGUUGUAUCAAGCUCAAUCCCUGUAUAAGGCUGGAAUGUAUCCCGAGGCUGUAAAAGCGUGCGCAACGAUUGAGUCGGAAGUGCUUGCAGAAAAAGUUCAAAAAUUAUUAGCAGCAUGUCAGUAUGAACUCGAUGAUUUGGCCACUACAAAGUCACAUGCCGAGAAAUGCAUUCAGGAUGAUCCCGACACUUUGGUUUUACAAGGAUGUAUCCUUUACAAGGAAGAAAAGUACGACGAAGCAAGAAAGAAUUUCCAAGAUGCUCUCAAUAUUGUUGAAUAUCAACCUCAUAUUGCAUACAACAUUGCCUUAUGUUACUACCGAAUGAAACAAUAUACACCAGCUCUUAAAUACAUGCAGGACAUUAUUGAAAGAGGAAUUCGAGAACAUCCUGAAUUAAGCGUUGGCAGUAACACAGAUGGGUUCGAAGUAAGAAGUGUCGGGAACAGCCAAACAUUAAGAAACACGGCCCUAGUUGAGGCCUUCAAUCUUAAAUUCGCAAUUCAAUAUCAAAUGAAAAAUUACGAGGAAGCUAGUGAAGCUUUGAGGGACAUGCCUCCAAGAACUGAAGAAGAGCUUGAUCCCGUCACACUUCACAACCAAGGACUACUUCAAAUGGAAACCGAUCCAAAUGCUGGUUUUAAAAAACUGAAACACCUCAUUCAACAUCCACCAUUCCCACCAGAAACAUUUGGAAAUUUAUUGCUGCUCUAUUGUAAACAUCAACAUUAUCUUUUGGCUGCAGAUAUUCUCGCAGAAAACAGCCAUUUAUCAUUCAGCUAUCUCUCUCAGGAUAUUUACGACUUUUUAGAAGCAUUAAUUAUGGCCCAAACAAGCCCAGAAGAGGCUUUCAGAAGCUUUGAUGAUCUUGCAACCAAACAUAUCGAUAAUUUGCGAAAGCUUACAAAACAAAUUCAAGAUGCAAGAAUGAAAAAAGAUAGCGAAGGUAUGAAAAAGUCUCUGAGAGACUUUGAUGAAGCGCUCGAAGCUUAUAUUCCUGUACUUAUGGCAAUGGCAAAAAUCUAUUGGGACAUUGAAAAUUAUCCGAAAGUUGAACAGAUAUUGUUGCAAAGUGCAGAGUUUUGUUCAGAACAUGAUGUAUGGAAACUCAACAUGGCAAACACGUAUUUCAUGCAAGCAAACAAAUUCAACGAAGCCAUCAAGUUUUAUAUGUCAAUUGUAAAAAAACAGAAGGAUAACUUGUUAGAUAUUCAUGCAAUGGUAUUGGCAAACUUGUGUGUCUCUUACAUUAUGGUGAGCCAAAACGAAGAUGCAGAAGAAUGGAUGAGGAAGAUUGAGAAUGAGGAACAACGAUUGCAUCGACAAAACCCUAACAAGCAGUCUUUGCAUUUAUGUAUUGUAAAUUUAGUUAUUGGUACUUUAUAUUGCUCAAAAGGACACUAUGAAUUUGGAAUUUCAAGAGUCAUGAAAAGUUUAAUUCCGUACAACAAGAAAAUCAUGACAGACACGUGGUUCUAUGCAAAGAGAUGUUUCCUUUCACUUUUUGAAACUUUAGCCAAGAAUAUGAUUGUAAUUAAGGAUCAAACAUUUACAGAUAUCUUAAACUUUUUGGAUGCUGCAGCCUUGUUUGGAAAAGAAAUCAAGACGACUCUCAACCCUGGUGCAGCAGGAGCAAGCGACGCCACCAACGUGAAUACUUCCAUUCUCGAUAUUGAUGGUAAGAGAGAGGAUGAGCGAACAGUGACUCAAGAAGCACGAUUACUCAAACGAAUGUGUUUGAGACUUAUGGAAUAA